AUGCGCCUCACAUCGCUGCUAUCCCUCGCAGCCCUCACGAGCAUCAGCAUAGCCAAAACCCCGGGCUGUGGCGAAGACAUACCUUCCAAGUAUCCCAAAGCAGGAUCAAGCGAGUCCCUCUCCCUCCCAAACACAGACCGGGAAUACAGACUAUACAUUCCUACCAGCUAUGACAAGAACACGCCAACCCCGGUAUAUUUCUCCUUCCACGGGGCGGGGCGCGACAUGGUAGAGGAAGAAAGUCUGUCACAAUUCUCAAACCCGGAAUUCAACCCCGACGGAAUUGCCAUCUACCCAAACAGCAAGAAUGGAUACUGGCUCUCCAGCCCUUAUGCAAACACGUCGCGUCCCAACGACCUGGACUUCACCAACGAUCUGCUCACGCACAUGGAAGAAACCCUCUGCAUCGACACAACCAGAGUAUACUCGGCGGGCAAGUCGAAUGGCGGUGGUUUCACCAGCGUGAUCGCCUGCAACGCCACCGUAGGAAGCCGGUUUGCGGCUUUUGCGGCUGUCAGUGGCGCCUGGUAUGAUACAGCCGACAUGAAGGGUGUGGGGUCUUGCGCCCCCGCUAAGCGGGAUGAGGGGUAUCCUUUCUUGGAGUUUCAUGGUACGGUUGACACGACGGCGCCUAUCGAUGGCGACGGGGAUGCUAAGCUGCCCGUCAUUGAUGUCCUGCAGGCCUGGGCGGCUCAAAAUGGAUGUGCGGACAAUGCGCAGCCCACCAGCAAUGUGACUGUCUUUGACGACCCGCUCGUGAAGCAUGCUUCUUGGGACUGCAACGGGCUAAAAGGCAUCGUUCAGCAUUACCGUGAGAGUGACAAUGGCCAUUGCUGGCCAAGUACUGUUGGCAAUGAUGACUUUACCCGAAAUGCCGCACAGUGCCCGUUGGGAUCACUCGAGCAAGACGAGCACAACAAGUACCACCACGAGUACUGGUACAAGUACUGCCACUGGCACAGCAGCCACAAGUACUAG